GGAAGCGGUCCUAUGUUACUUUAAAGUUGUUUUUUGGAAAACAACUGAAAGGCCACAGGAUGUCUUGUAACACCAGUGUUACCCAACUUGAUGUGUCUUCGCUGGGACGGGUAGAGCAAGUCCCAGUUCACCUCCUGCCCUGUGAGAUUGAGUACAACGGCGUUGCCCAGGUCUCACAAUAUUUUACUGCUACCACAAAAGAUCGUAACCAAGAGAAGACGGUGUCAUUCAGAGGACGUGGGCUGAAGGGACAGGAGAUCAGUUGUCCACAGGGCUACACUGGCCUGGUACUAAAAGAGGUCAACAAGACUGGCUCUGAUCAAGAGGACAGGACAGUGAGGAUAUCUGCUUUGUUUAACAAACUGACAUACUGGAACCUGGAAACUCCUCCAACUUCAGAUGAUACUGUGGUGAUGGCGAUGGACUGGCCUGAGGUGGCGGAGGCAAUCCAUGGACCAAUAGAAGACUGAGGAAACGUCCUGUUGAAAGGUCUCAGGCAGACGUCACCUCAGCAUUUACUAGUGA